GAAUAAAACGCAGUCCCACUUUCAAUGUUCCAAAAAAACUAGCCACCAUUGAGUGGAAGAAUAAUGAACCUGCUUCUCCUCACUCUUCAUCUUCUUCUCUUACCCUUCACAACAUCACAACAACAGAACCAAAACUACCCUUCUUCUGGGACACAAAGAAACGAUACCUACUGUGACUACCCUUCAGUUUGUGGACCAAAUGGGAACUGUGACAUUAAUCAAUCACCAGCAUGUUUCUGUUUGGAUGGUUUCACACCUAAGUCACCGAGUGGUUACAGUUCAAUGGAUUAUACACAGGGCUGUGUUAGAAACAAGGCCUUGAAUUGUAGCACUGACGUGUUUGUUACUUAUUCUGUGUUCAAGGAACCAAGUGGCGGCUACUCUUUGUUGAACCAAAGAUUGGGAGCGGAAGGUUGCAAGGGAAGCUGCAAGAGUAAUUGUUCUUGCAUGGCUUAUUCUGUAACUGGGAGUGCAUGCAAAUUGUGGAGUGGUGAUUUGUUUGAUGUUAGGUUGGUUAAGGAAGGUGGUCAAGCUCUUUAUAUCCGAAUGUCAGCUUCAGAGGAACACAAAUCUGGAGGGGAAAAUCACAAGAAGAUAGUUGGAAUAAUAGUAGGAAGCAUAGUUGCUACAAUUUCUGGAAUGAUAAUGAUAUUGGCCUGUUGUUACAUAUUCAGAAAAAGAAGAAAGAAGUUAGAAGAUAUGAGAUUGAGAGCUAGUGAGAUUGUUGAUCAAAUCAAUGAAUAUGAAGAAGGAGAUAUAGAGCUUCCAUUUCUUGACCUAUCAAGAAUAGUUGAGGCUACUGGUAAUUUUGCAAUCGGAAACAAGUUAGGGGAAGGUGGUUUUGGACCUGUGUACAAGGGGACAUUAGAUGAUGGUCGUGAAAUCGCGGUAAAGAAGCUUUCAAGUAGUUCUGGACAGGGGAUAAAUGAAUUCAAGAAUGAAGUACUACUCAUAGCCAAACUUCAACACCGAAAUCUUGUAAGGCUUCUCGGAUGUUGCAUCCAAGAUGAAGAGAAACUGCUGAUAUAUGAGUACAUGCCUAAUAAAAGCUUAGACGGCUUUAUUUUUGAUCAAACACGGAGAAAAUUAUUGGAUUGGCCUAAGCGUUUCAACAUCAUUUGUGGGAUUUCUAGAGGCCUACUUUAUCUUCACGAGGAUUCUAGGUUGAGGAUUAUACAUAGAGAUCUCAAAGCAAGUAACAUUUUAUUGGACAAUAAGAUGGAUCCAAAGAUCUCUGACUUUGGUUUGGCUCGAUGUUUUGGAGGAGAUCAAAGCAAAGGAAAUACAAAGAAAAUAGUAGGAACUUUUGGAUAUAUGGCACCAGAAUAUGCUAUUAGUGGACACUUCUCGGUAAAAUCUGAUGUGUUCAGUUUCGGAAUUUUGUUGCUGGAGAUAAUCACAGGGAGAAAAAAUAGAGGGAUAUAUUUUUCAAGUGACAAUGUCAAUCUAUAUGGACAUGCAUGGGAUCUAUGGAAGCAAGGAAGGUCCUUAGAACUAGUUGAUGAAUGCCUUAAGGAGUCAUGGAAUUCGUCGGAAGCGCAGCGCUGCAUCCACAUUUGCCUGCUAUGCGCGCAGCAGCAUCCGCAAGAUAGGCCGGAGAUGUCAUCUGUGGUUCUGAUGUUAGGAAGUGAAAUCGAUUUGCCUCAACCAAAGUUUCCUACUUUCAUCAUUGGUGGAAAUUCUGAUGGCAAAAGUUCUUCCUCUUGUCAAAAUGAAAUAAGCAUUACUGAGGUGGAACCUCGAUAACAAUUAUAUAUAGCUCUUUCUUUCUCUUGUUAUAAUAGUUAGAAUUUAUAAACCUUGGUUGCAUAUAAUAUGCACCCCAAAUUUUGUGUAGUAUCUCAACUUUCAUGACACAAUGUGGUAAUGUUUAUGUACUUUAUACCCUUUUUACUUUGUCAA